ACAACUGCGGCAAACCUCGACGGCCAGGCCUCAAGGCAAAGGACUAUGUCAAACGAACCCGUGCCUGAAUGGGUUUCUAAUUUCAUGCUUUCACGCGAGGACUUUGAAUACAUACAGUCACAGCCUGAGCUUAUGGACCCGCUCGGUUGGUUGCACCUUGAUCUGACGCCGAAGGGCGAUAAGGGGUGGGUCCGCCACUUCAACGGCCAGCUGCGGCCGCUGACGGCGCAAGGGCUGUCCGCGGGCGCCGAGGAGCAGGGGCACAAAAAGGCGAUAGGCAAGGUCCACAUGCUCCUCACAAACUGCCCCCUGAUCAAGGUGGACCGCCUCCACAACGGUGGCAGCUUCGGGCGCCGCACGAUGGUCCGCGGGUUGUUUGACGUGGACGUCACGGCCUUCGUGACCACAUACAAGGGCCGCGUGCUGGGCUACCAUGACUGGACCGGCGAGGAGGGCGAGGCACUGCAGGUCGAUAUGAUGCGAGAGCUAGCGGCGUGGCUGCAGAAUCAAGGUUGGAAAGCGCUGGAUGUGGAGUACGGCACGCACUACAAGAACUGCAUUAACAUGACGGUGGACGGGGUGGAAGUGGACAUCAAGCUAGCCCCCAACAUGGCACGGGGCAGCCAGGCCAGUGACCGUGGCAAGGUGCAGCGCAAAAUACUCAUGAAACAGGUUCUGGGCAGCGGCGGCGGUGCAGGGGAGGAGCGCCCGCAGGCAGAGCCGGCGCGGGAGGCGGGACUGUCGGAGGCGCUGACGGCUGUGGUGAAGGACACCUCGGACCGAGUCAAGUCCGUGGCGCGGCUGGUCAAGGUGCUUGCGUGCGGGCACGGCGUCGACGCCAGAUGCUGGUACAAAUACUCGCUAAAAGACAAGAUCCCGCACGUGCCCAGCGUGCUGCUGGAGGUGCUGACGCUGGCGGCGGCGCAGCGCGAAGGGCUCUGGUACCCCGUGAAGAACAACCGCACGGCAGAGGUGGAGUUGUUCCUGGCGGCUCUGACACUGCUGGACGCGGCCGUGACCAGCAAGGAGGUGGUGGUGCUGGAGGCGGGGCCGGUGUGGGGCUACAGUCGGGCGCAAGCGGAGAGCUGUCGGCACACGUGGCAGGACGAUACCGUGGUGGUGCUGCACCCCAUCGACCCAACCUGCAACCUGGCGCGGGCCCAGCCCGACCGCGAGGUGGACUGGCCGAUGAUGGCAUGGGAGGCGCGCGAGCUGCGACAGGUGGUGAGGAAGGACAGCAUGUGGACGCUACUGAACGAGAGCUCGCUGGCGCCCGCCAUCCGGGCGCUGCGGUGACGACGGGAAGCGAGUCGUGCGCCGCACGCAGAUGACGGGGGCCUGGCUUUGCAGCAAAUUGCAACGAAGGGGGAUCAGGAGCCCCAGUUGACCCCGGAAGAGUGUUGAUGGGUGCUUCUGUACCGUAGUAAGCUGGUGCGCCGUGUUUGGUAUGAGGGGUUGGCCAUGGGGGUUGGCACCCGGGGUGACCUGGCACAACUGUCGCGCCCGUACGUGUGUACACAGACAUGGGGUUUGUGUCUCUGUUACCUACACAAGCACACAAGGCAAAUGCGUUUACGCAGCCCUGCUCAACGUACUGUGUGGCUUAGCUCCAGACUCCGGCCGGAGAUGUCGCUAUUCCCGUCGUAGGAG